AUGUACUCCGAGGAGUGGAGCAGGAAUCGGCAGGGUAGAGAGAAGGCUGUGAUCACGAAUUUCAGCUUUAGUCAGCUGCCAGAGGAGGAGAAGAGGGGUUGGAUAAAACCUCACAGUGAUCAUGACUCGGAGGAAUCCAUUCCUGAUGAUCGCUACCAUGGCAUCUACUUUGCCAUGCUGUUGGCUGGUGUCGGCUUUCUACUGCCAUAUAAUAGUUUCAUCACUGAUGUGGACUACCUCCACCGCAAAUUCAAAGGCACCUCUAUUGUGUUCGACAUGAGUUUGACGUAUAUACUUGUGGCUCUCAGUGCCGUAAUUGUGAACAAUGCACUCGUGGAGAGACUGAGCUUACACACUCGCAUCUGUGUGGGAUAUCUAUUUGCAUUGGGACCUUUGGUGUUUGUGAGUGUGUGUGAUGUCUGGUUGGAGCUGUUUGACACUCAGCAGUCCUAUGCUGUUACUCUGGCUGCAAUUGCCAUUGUUGCAUUUGGAUGCACAGUGCAGCAGUCCAGUUUUUAUGGUUACACUGGGAUGCUGCCCAAGAGGUACACACAGGGCGUGAUGACUGGAGAGAGCACUGCUGGAGUUAUUGUCUCUCUGAGUCGGAUUUUUACAAAGCUGCUGGUGGAAGACGAGAAGAACAACACCAUCAUCUUCUUCCUGUUCUCUAUCUCAAUAGAGACGCUCUGUUUUCUGUUACACGUGGUGGUGCGACGAACACACUUUGUCCGUUAUCACACCGACAGAGCUCGCCGCAGCCACAGCUGGCUCAAAGGACAGAUUAAUAAUGUUACGACACAGAAGCGCAGUGGCUACCAGAUACAUUAUGACAGCAGUGCAGAGGAAGAGGAUGGAGUGGCCUCAAGCACAAUUGAUGAGGCUGAUGCAGUUAAUCUGGGUAACGGUUCCCAUGGAGAUGAAAUUUAUGUCAGAUUUGAUGUGCCCAAACCAGACAACAAAGGAACCUGGAUCAAUGUGAAGGAGAUUCUGGGUCAGAGGUGUGCUGUUGCUCGGAUGAUCUGGCCAUAUAUGCUCUCAAUCUUGGUGACAUAUUUCAUCACACUGUGUCUGUUCCCUGGUUUGGAGUCAGAGUUACAUAACGAUACACUGGGAGAAUGGCUGCCUAUUCUCACCAUGGCUCUGUUCAACAUGGCAGACUUUGUGGGAAAGAUCUUGGCAGCGUGUCCGUACGAGUGGGGCGGUGUGCAGCUGCUGGUGUGUUCGUGUUUUCGUGUUCUCUUCCUGCCGCUGUUUGUAAUGUGUGUGUCUCCUGUGCAGCGCCCCCUGCUGGCGCACCCCGCCUGGCCCUGCGGCCUCUCCAUGAUGCUGGGUGUCAGUAACGGAUACCUUGGCUCUGUACCAAUGAUACAGGCGGCCGGCAAGGUGCCACUUCAGCACCGAGAAGUGGCGGGGAACACUAUGACUGUAUCAUAUAUGGCUGGACUGAUGCUCGGGUCUGCAGUGUCUUACUCAACAUACAGUCUGACCUCACAGGCACACGCUACUCACACACUGAAACUCAACAACACACUCACAUUACACAGCUAUAUACCUGGCCACUGAGUGUCUCUCUCACACAUACACUGGUUUGUAUAGUUGUUAAUUAUGUAUGAAUAAAGAACAUUUCCAAAGACUAUUUCUGCUGAAACACCAGUUUAGACCAGAGUUUGCAUACUGGUCCAGGCUGGUUUAUGC